ACCAAACCAAAAAAAAAAAAAAAAACACCAAAAACAAAACAAAAAGCAACUAAGUUAUACCCAUUAGACAGACAUGUUGAUAGAGCCGGGCUUGAAUCGUGAUUUUGGCUCGCUAACGGUUGCAAAUUCUCACAGCCUCACAGCGGUCCCGCACUGGAAAAUGGAAUCACAUUCCCAACGACUAUCAUCGCUGAUUCCUCAUGCCUCCAGUGUGACAGCCGCAGCAGCAGCAGCAGCCGCCGCAGCAGCGGCAGCAGCAGCCGAAUCGGCGGCAGCAACUGGCGGCGCACCGCCAACAUCUGUGCAAAUACCAACAGCAGCAGGAGGCGGUGUAGGAGGUGGUGGUGCUGCAGGCGGUGGAAUGGGUGUGGGAGUUGGAGUGGGUGGCGGCUUUGGUGGCACUGCUGGUGGUUCGCCUGGUGCCGGUGGGCCAACACUUGGCGCUUUGAUGUCACAGCACCGUCUAUUGGAAUUCUCUCGCUUUGGCGGCCUCCGAGGCUAUGACAUUGCCCAGCAUAUGCUUACACAGCAGGGCGCUGUCUCCAAGUUGUUAGGUUCCCUGCGACCACCGGGCUUAAUUGGUGGCUCCAAGCCAAAAGUAGCCACACCGACAGUCGUCUCCAAAAUCGAGCAAUAUAAACGAGAGAAUCCAACCAUAUUUGCCUGGGAGAUACGGGAGCGUCUGAUCUCAGAAGGUGUCUGCACAAAUGCUACAGCUCCCUCGGUGAGCAGCAUCAAUCGGAUUUUGCGCAAUCGUGCGGCCGAACGGGUGGCCAAUGAAUUUGCCCGAACAGCCGCUUACGGCUUAUAUCCGCCACCUCCACCUCCAUAUGGUAGCUUUACCUGGCAUCCGGCUGGCAAUGUGGCAGCUGCUGCAGGUGCCGGCCAAUCGGUAGCUCCGCCACAUCCCUCAUCCGCCCUGUGGCCAGUGACGGCACCCACUUUGACGAAUUUGCCGCCUAGUGCGGGCAGUGUGGCCACUACACCAUCAUCGCUUGGCGGCCUAAGCCUAAGUUCGGCUCAUCUAUUAGCUGGCAAUGUGGCAGCCGCUGCCGCCGCCAGCAAUCGAGCCAAUUCACCUGGCUCGGGUAGCCAUGAGACACUCGAGUCGGCCGAUGAGAAUCGUCACAUUGACUCUGAUUACUUGGACGAUGAUGAUGAACCAAAGUUUCGACGAAAUCGUACAACCUUCAGUCCCGAGCAGCUAGAGGAGCUGGAAAAGGAAUUUGAUAAGAGUCAUUAUCCGUGUGUGAGCACACGUGAGAGGCUUUCUAGUCGCACCAGUUUGAGUGAGGCUCGUGUACAGGUUUGGUUCUCAAAUCGCCGUGCCAAAUGGCGUCGUCAUCAGCGUAUGAACCUGUUAAAACGACAACGUUCCAGCCCUACAGUCAAUCCAUUGCAUUCCCAGCAAUCUAAUGAAUCGAAUCCCAUAGCCAGCUCACCUACGCCAAGUAAUCACAGUAAUGCCUCCGUUUCCACCAAUCCGGCUGGCAGCGGCGGUGGCGGUGGCGGUGGUGGUCCUCAACAACAACAACCCAUGCCGAUAUGUGCAGAUCAUUCACCACCUGCGCCACAGACACCGGUUUUAAUGCAUCCACUUCAUGGUCCGCCUGGUGGCCAUCAUCAUCAUCAUCAUCACCAUCAUCCACAUCUACAUUUGCCAGCACAUCCUGCCGCUUUGCAGCUACUCAGUCAUUACCACCAGCAACAACAGCAACAGCAGCAGCAGCAACAGCAGCAACAACAGCAGCAACUCUCGCCCACAGCUGCUGGUGUUGGAGUCGGUGCGGGCAGCCCAACAACCACCCACUUGUCCAUGGGCGGAGAACGAAGUGCCUUUCGAAGUUUGGUAAGUUCUCCAUCGGCAGCUGCCUUCUUGGGUCUGGCACGACAAUACGCUGUGGCCGCUUCUCUCACCGUUGCCGAAGAGCAACGGUCCAGACUUCAUUAUACGACGACGACGGGAACUGGUUCUGGCUCUUGCAUGGAGGCAACUGUGACUGUUGAUAACUCCUCAUCGGCGGAUUCGGAUGAAGAGAUCAAUGUGCAUGAUGAUUCUGAUGCUGAAAUUGAAUCACCGGCGGCAAAGGUGGCUCGUCUGUCAACCUCCGAUGCACCUACAACAUUGCAGCUUCUAAAGCAUGACCGCUAGAGACCAUACCAAAGGGGGCGGAGGUGGAGUCCUCUUUCUACUUGACAGCGGCGGUAGCAGCGACGACGACGGCGACGGCAACGGCGGCGGCGGCGGCUGUCGUCUAAUUGAAAACUUGAGUUGUGUGUGCGCGCGUUUCUGAUUGACAGCGGACAACGCAACGUCAAAUGGUGGGUAUUAGUCGGUAGAGUGGGCGGCCAGAGAGGCGGUGCCUCUGGAAACCAGAGACGCGUCGCGACAUUGUGGCAAAAAAAAAAAAAGAAAAAAAUACACAUACAAAUACAAAUAAAAAAAUGAAUGACAAAACCAAAGUUAAAAUGCUGCUCAACCUACUUACUCGCGGUUUUUUUUAUCUCGUGUUUUUUUCUUUGAGCUCUCUUGGCAUUUUUUAUUUUGAAAACACAGAUGACUACUUAAAAAUUUGUAACUAAUACUUAGUUUAUACAUCUAUGUGCACGCUUUGUCCCACAUUGUUUCGAUUUCCACACACACAGACACACACACUCACAUAUAUAUCUAGUGUAAUUAUAUUUAUUCACUGGCCCGGCCGUCGUCGUCAGAGCUAAACUUACCUCAUCACCAUUUAAGGCUAUAGCAUAUGCAAUAUAUAUCUUCUAACUACACUUGCAAUCUACAAAAUGUAUCUAUGAAAUGUAUUGUUAUUUUCCCUCUCCCUCUCCUCCUUUCUCAAUCUCUUUCUUGCCUCUUAAUACCAACGAGGCAAUGCUCAUUAGGAGCAACGACUACAAUUUUAAUAUAUAAGAAAUUUUUUUUUUUUUUUGUGUAUCCCAGAAUUUUUGUU